UCACCUUUGCGCUCUUUGUGUAUCAUGCGUUGUAUACAUGAACCUGAUUUGUGCAUGAUAUGUGAAUGUAUGUAAUACUCGGAUCAAUAAAAACUAACAGGGUACAUACACAGCUACCUGUAAGUGCGUCGUACGCGUCAAAGUGGAGGUUAGCCCAAAUUAAAUCCAUCAGAUGAGUGGAAGUUUUCCUACCACAAUACAUCGAGCCAUGGAGUUGAUGGGCCUAGAGUGGAUGUUUCUGAGCUUCUUCAUAGGGACGCUGCUACGUAUCCUACGCCUUUUCAGCUACACCGAGAAACCCAGCCUUUAUUACAAGACCAAGAAUGACUUCAUACAGAGCAUGCUGGAUUCUUGUCCCAUUUUUACAUCCAUAUUCAAGCCGACAUUACUGUGGGGUAAGAGUGGCCACCUGCAGACAAUGGUUCACGCUCUGAUGGGGCGUGUCAAACCAAGAUGGCCGGACAGCUUUCGAUACUACUUCGAGCUUGAAGACGGUGCCACCAUGUCAUAUGACCUGUUUCUUCCACCAGAAGAUUCUAAAAACAAUGAGUUCACGCUGGCCAUAUGCCCAGGCCUGGCCAACAGCAGUGAGUGUAUCUACCUGCGCGCCUUCUCAGAAUACGCCACAUCCCACGGGUACCGUGUCGCCAUGUUGAAUCAUCUCGGAGCUCUGAAGAGCGAGCCCUUAACGUCACCAAGAACUUUCACAUAUGGAGGUACCGAGGAGUACAGUCACAUGGUAGAACACCUCAAGGAGCUGUUCCCAGGCACCAAGAUCAUCGUGGUCGGGUUCAGCAUGGGAGGAAACAUUGUCACCAAGUACCUGGGAGAAAAUCUGGACCAUCAGCGCGACAUACUGUGUGGGCUUUCAGUGUGCCAAGGAUACGAGAUAAACAAGUGCAAGGAGCAGCUGAUGCAGUGGGGUAAUUGUCGGCGUAUAUACACCUACCUUAUGACUCUCAAUAUACGCCGGCUGCUGUCUCGACACAGGGCAACGCUGUUCUCAGAGGAGGGGAGUAUUAAAUAUGGGUUCAAAAAGGAGGACAAAGUGUUCAAGGCCACUUCCUUAUAUGACAUUGAUGACAACUACACCUGUUGCCUGGCUGGCUGCAAGUCGGCUGACGAAUAUUAUCAUGCAGAGAGCUCAGCGUACUUCCUUAACAAUAUAAGAAUCCCAAUGUUGUUCCUGAAUGCGCUGGAUGAUCCCCUGGUGCCAGAAUGCCUGCUGGAAUACCCCAAACAACUCAUUGAGAAAAAUGAAAAUUGCAUUGUCAUGACAACGCGGCAUGGCGGACACCUUGGAUUUUUCGAAGGUGGCAUUUUUGUGCCAGACAACAUAACAUGGCUCGACCGCUUCAUUCUCGAGUUUGCAGACGGUGUCAUAGGAAUGUAUCGCCAUGGCAACCAUCCAAGCCAGGUUACUACGACAACAGACAUUGCAAAGGAGGACAGCCCAGUAAGAACAAGAGAUUUGUUGUUUGUUGAUCAGAUCUCAGCCAAAUCCUUGAAUGAAUCUACAGCAGAUGCUCAAAAAAGGAGGGCAUCCCUUAAGCGUGGAACACUAUUGAAGGCCACUCACUAUAUGCAAUGAAGAAUUUUUAUUGUUUACCAGUACUACUGAUUUAUAAUUCCACUCAAAGACCUAGCAGAAUGAUUAGAUCUAUGAUUAUAAUUGUAGGUAUUAGAAUAUUUAUGUGUCCAAAUAUUAGAGUAUAUUCUGCUUGCCUAAAAUUAAUGUAAUGGACACAAUGAAAAAGGAUUGGUUAAAACAAGAAUGUGAUAAAAAUGAAAAAGGUGAUGAAUUUUGUUUUUUGGUUUGUUUUUAAAAGAUGUAUUUAUCUUUGGCUGUUUUGAUCAUAAUUAUUGCUUUUGUUAUUGCUUUUAUUUCCAAAAUAUUUGUUAAAGGGCGUUCUCUUUAAUACCCUCCAAAUUUUAUGCUCCCCCAAAAUUUAUUUUGGGGAGAGCAUAUAGUCGCCGCUUCGUCUGUCUGUGCAUGUGUGCGUUUGUCUGUCCAUCCGUGCACAAUUUUUGUCCGGGCUAUUUCUCAGCAACCAAUGACUGGAAUUCAAUGAAACUUUAUGGGAAGCUUCACUACCAAGAGGAGAUGUGCAUAUUAUCAGCGGGUUCUGGUCGGAUGAUUUUUCACAGAGGUAUGGCCCUUUGAAAUUUUCUAUAAAAAAAUUAUUGUCCCCAUAACUACUGUGCCCUCAAGACGUUUCCUUAUAUCUGAAUAUAUAAUGCAAUAUUGUGACCAAAAAAAACAACUUUGGGGAGCAUCACCUGUCUCCGACGGUUUAUUGUUGUCUCUCUCUAAAUGUAUGUUUUUUAUGUUCUGACAUUUGUUUAUAAUUAAUUUUUUGUUGAAAUUAGUUAAUUCACUUUAACUUACUUUGCAUUUAUUUGUGUCCAUAAAUGAAAAAAAGUCAGUAACCUACAUAUUAUAUGUAACGUUCUAGACUUUAUUGCUUAGGAUAUAAAUCAUUUGUUAUAAAAUUGUUUUGCAAACAUGGUGCUUUAACUUACCUCAUGGCUUGAACUUCAGAAAAAGUAUUUUAAUUUUAGUUUACUACUAGUCUGAUUUUUACAACAUUGUCUGUAAUUGUGUUAUAUUAUCAAAUUAUUGUCUUUUUUUAAUUGCUGCUCACUUGUUGACUCAUAACUCAUAAACUUCUUGAAAUCUCAUGCGCUCAACCUGCUCUAAAUAGUUUGGAUCUCAGAUGCCUUAGGGACGAAAAAAAAAUUCCAGCGCACAUUUUAAAAUUUGGACAGCAGGAAUUUAGAAAAUUUCAAUUUUUAUUGGCAAAACAAGAAUAUGUGUAAUAAACUGUUAGCUAGGACUAAAAGCUCAUGUUUUGAUUAAGUUGGGCAUUGUGUGUAUUAUACAUACGGGUGUAUGAUUUUGCUAUGUAUAUUCGACUUUAUUAUUAGCCUUGCUCUGGUAAAAAAAGGGUUUAAACUUAAAUGCAUAUUCUUAACCCUUUGCAUGCUGGUAAAUUUGUCGUCUGCUAACAUGUCGUCUGCUGUAUUUAUAAAAUUUGCAUUUUCUUCGAUUUUUUCCAAAGAAUACUAUCAGAAUAGCAAACAGUUUGGAUCCUGAAGAGACGCCACGUUCUGUGGCGUCUCAUCAGGAUCCAAACUGUUUGCAAAGGCCUUAAAAAUUCGGUUCCCGCAUUGUAAGGGUUAAAGUGUUGCAGUUUGCACAGGCUUAUCAGAGACACCCAUUUACGUACUUGAAAUUGAAUGGACUUAGCUAAGAAGAGAUCAUGAUGUCCUUAAACAAAAAAUACCAUUAAAAUGGAAAUUGUCAUCCCUGAUAAGCCUCAACAGACUGCGCAGGCUAAUCUUGGACAGCACUGUACAAACAUGGAUUAGGCGCAGGUCUCCCAUAAUGCAGGUCAUGUUUGUGCUAAGUCUUAUUGAAAGUGAUAAAUUACUGGUUAUUAAAUUACUGGUUAAGUUGUUAUUUACAGAUAGCUAUGCUUCUUUAAGUCCUGUUUCUUUGUUUCAAAAAGUUCCUAGAAAAUUCAAUUAAAAAUCUGAUAUUUGAACAUUUGAAAAAUAACCAUAUGUUUCGAAUUGCAUGGUUGAAAUGGAAAUAUGUAUAUUUAAAAGCACGUGUGAUUAAACAAGUAAGAUUUUGUCUAAUAACAUACAGAAUCCAUAAUAACAUAUAUGUUAAUUUUUCAUCAUUGUAAUUUUUUUUUAAAGAAACAUUCAUUAUUAGUAUUCUCCAAUUUAUUUUUUCAUUGGCAACUUAUUAUGUAUCUCUAUUUGCAGUUGUUUAAUUUGGUUGGAUCUUUGGAGUAGAAGAAACUGGUAAAUGUAUUCAAUUGCACAUUUGACUUUCUGUUGGAGAUUAUUUUAUAGAUAUUUUCUCUUGUUUGUUCUUAAAGAUUGUGUUUUGUUGCUGUCUAGGUCUGCCAUUUUGAUUUUCCCAUAAUACAUCGUUAGUUUUUUCUCCUCACUGCCACUAUUAUACAUAUAGAGAAUACUAUGUUAGUGUGAUUGCGUACUUAAAUUUAUCCCACGAGUAAAGAAAGGUUUACAUGGUGAGGCUUGCCGAGCCUUGUAAGCCUUUCUGAGACGAGAGGGAUAAAUUUAAAUACACAAUCACACUUACAUAGUAUUCUAUUUAUCCUACAAAAUAAUUCAUCAUACUUCUACGUCCCCGAUUUUAAAGAAAUAAUGAAAAAUAACGCUAAAAAGCUUCAGUUUUACCGGGAAAGAAUACGACUUUUGUAGUUUGACGUGUUAAUAAUGUUAAUAUUUGUAAAAUAUGUUUUUGCUGUUUGUGUUGCAUUUUGUGUUUAAAAUAUAUUACAUCUUGGUAUCAAAUUGUUUUGUUGAAUCUGAUUUGAUUUUACUAAAAACGAAUACUUUACAGUUAAUUCCGAGUAAUAUGACCUUCCUCCACACAUGACUAGGUGUGGGAUAAACAUAGGUGUGGGAUAAACUUUAUCUUUUCUGUAUGGGUCCUAUUAUGUUCUAUAAAAUCAUUUAGCUGUAGGAUAAGUAUAAUUAGCCCACCUGUUAAUUUUACGUGGUGUAUGUUACUUUGUACUGCCAAUUGUAGAUGUCAUUGUGUUGAUGGUGUAUCAAUUAUUUCUGAUUUAUAUUCCACGAAUUUUGAUAUUUUUUUGUUGCAAUUAAGUUUUCUAUUCAGUAUAGAUUCUUUGGCAUUUGUUUUCGAUUUAUGAUUAAUUGUUGUAGUCAGUGUGUUGUAAACUUAUUUGUUCUUCAAUUUGUGUUUGUUAGUAAAUGUUUACCAGUUGUCUUACUUAUUGUAUAUUAUACAUAUGUUUUUGUUAUCUUUGUUACUUUCUAAUACACUACUUACAUGUUAACUGGUAUAAGUGUCUACAUAAGAAUCAAUGCUUGUUAGAAUUCUUUAUAUCUUCAAGUUAUGAAAAUUUACAGAAUAAUUGUUACAACAAUUUCAUCGGCAAUCAUCAUCAUGAUUUUUUAAGACAUGGUUACCAAAGAUGUUUCAUUUAAUUUGCUACAUUAUUGUGUUCUCUUUUCAAAACUCACUAUGCUGGCGAAAACAUGAGGUCCAAAAACACAUUUUUUGUUCAGAAUUUUCAGAAUUUAUAUACUUUUAGGUAAAAGAAUUAUUUUGAUUUGUUUUGCUAUUGUUCUUUUUGAGUGAUUUUCAUUUUUUAUAUUUUUAUAUUAGAAAUAUGUGUUCAUGCUUAUUAUUUUUUUCACAGUUAAUUAUAUAAAAUAAUAAAUGUAGAAAAAUUGAA